AAAAGAUGCGAAAACGGCAGAGCGUCUGUUAGCAACGCAAUGCAACGCGUAGUAUAGGAGGCAAUGCUAUUGCGCACUUUGAAAUGAAAUAAAUAUAGGCCUAUCCAUAUCCCGGGAAAAGUGUGUUUCUGUUAGAUAAAACAAAAAAUAAGGAUCAUAAAAUAACAACGAAAGCAGCCAAGCAAUUAUUAAGGAACACCAGUAAUUACAAGAGAACUCAAAAUACAGCAUCUUCCUCAGAAUAGGAUAUGGCGGUUGCCAUGGGAGAUGUUCCCCAACCAUCUGUGACCUUUGACAUAGCUCUAGACGCUUCGGGCCCUUCCCUCGUCAUGCCUUUUAGUCCAGCCGUGCCAGAUAAGUUUGCAGAGCGCCUGAACAGGCGGAAAAAGACGUACACGACAGAGCAGCUCGAGGAGAAACUCAAAGGAGCGGAACGGAGGAGAAAAGAGCAAGAGACGGCCCGUUUAGAUCGCAUCCAUGAGCGUCAGCAGCACUGUCGGACGAUGGCCAGCAAGAUGGCGCUAUUGAUGGACCAGGACGCCAAGCGGCACGGAGCCCGGGAACCGAAGACAUUCCCUCGAUGUCCAGCCGACAAGCUGCCGCAAUGAUAAAGAACGUUGCAAAGGACUUCCAAAAGAUCGGCAUUGGUCUUGCCCAAGAUGCGGAAAUACAAGGCAGACACUAAAUCUUACACUAGUAUAGUUCCUCAGUAUGAUAUUGCUAUUAUGGACAAUUCAAGAACUAUUAAAGUAAAAUGGACAAUUCAAGGAUCAAGCGAAGGGUUUUAAACAUCUACAUUUAAAUGAAUGAAAUCAGGUUGAAGGCUUUAGUAAUUAGGCCCGUUUAAAAUCAUUAACAACCGACGAUGAUGAUAGUUUUGACACGAGGCGUUAUUGUUUCAAUGUUCUGUAUCUGUUUGUGUAUUACUGUCGAACAAGGUGAUGGUGGAUAAUAGGAUGAAUAGGGACAAAAAUGUGAACAGGAUUUUUGAUAAUUAUUUUUUCAGGAGUGAAGCAACCU